AUGUGCCCCUGGGGUCCAUUAACAUGUAUCCCAGAAUAUGCUGCAACGCCUGGAGCAAGUUGUCCUCUUAAUGUCUGCUGUUCCAAAUAUGGCUUUUGCGGUACCACCGAUGACUUCUGCGGCAGCGGAUGCCAGAAUGGCUGCGACGCCAUCAAAGAACCUACAUGUUCUGCAUCAUCUAGCGAGGCCGUCUACAUUGGCUACUAUGAAGGCUGGAACCCAACCCACCCUUGUGAUGUUGUCUUGCCUGAAAACAUCAAUGUUGAUCCGUGGACCCACCUCUACUAUUCUUUCGCCGGCAUCAGUACGUCUGACUUUACCAUCACCACGACCCAUGACAAGGAUAAGGAAUACUGGUCAAGGUUCACUGCCCUCAAGAAGAAGAAGCCGUCGUUAAAAACGUACAUUUCUGUCGGGGGAUGGGACCUGGGAGGAGAGGUAUUUUCGCACAUGGUACAAUUUCCAGGGGCACGCAAGGCUUUCAUUAGUUCAGCGCUCUCGAUGAUGUCCGAGUAUGGGUUUGACGGAAUUGACAUCGACUGGGAAUAUCCCGCUGCCGAGGAUCGUGGUGGCGCAUCGACCGAUACCGAUAAUUUCGUGACUUUUCUCUCCGAAAUGAGAGCCGCUUUGGGAACAGAGUACGGUCUUACUUGCACUAUACCAUCUUCCUACUGGUAUCUGAAAGGCUUCAAUGUUACGGGGAUGGAGCCCUACGUUGACUAUUUCAACUUCAUGUCAUAUGAUAUUCAUGGUACUUGGGACGGCAAAAGCAAGUGGACGAGUUCUGACGUGAACCCCCACACCAACCUUACCGAGAUCUCUUCUGGACUUGAUCUCUUGUGGCGCAAUGGAAUUGACCCUGGCAAAGUUCUGCUCGGCCUGGGGUUCUAUGGACGGUCAUUCACGUUGGCUGAUCCUUCAUGCAAUACUCCGGGGUGUCCCUUCAAUACUGCAAACAACAGCACUGGUGGGGGAGUUGCUGGAGAGUGCACCCAGACUAGUGGAAUCCUAUCAGACUACGAGAUCAAUCGCAUCAUGCAAGACUAUUCAGUUAAUAUUAAGUAUGAUGAGACAUCUGGAGUGAACUGGAUGACAUGGAGCGGAAAUCAAUGGGUCUCAUUUGACAAUGCUCGCACUUUGAAGAAAAAGGCAGACUUUGCCAAUAGCAAAUGUCUAGGAGGUUUAUUCAGCUGGGCUCUCGAUAUGGGUGGGCCUGGGUCUCUCAAGAAUCCGAACGAAAUGUCUUCUAGCGACACCGGCAUGGGUGGUGCCAAUACUGAAGGAGGAAGUGAUGGCACUGGUGUCGUCUAUGUGGGGCCGGAGGUGUUUACCUCGCCAACUGUAACUGCAAUAGCCCCUGUCGACAUUAUAUUUCCUCAGGAUAUCCUUGGCAGCCCGACAGUGAUUUCGCCCGAGUCAUACCCAACAAGCUUGGAGGUUGUCUGGAAUACCACGACGACCGUCACCUCGGGUACAUCCACUGGCGUCAGCACGGGAACAACCCGCUAUAUCAUGCCCACCAACAUCGCCGUGCCCCCAGUGACGAUCGGAACCAUCAGCUAUUACAAUUGGAACAUCACCAAUCCACACAUAACCUCUGCACAUGGAACCUUAAUCCCCAGCAUCGACCUACCCCCCGUGACAGUCAUCGAUGACCCGAAUCCACUAAAUGAAACAGGCAUUUCUCACUCCCCACUGGGUACGCGGGUGAUCCACAUCCCUCCUUGGCCGUGGUCGACUGGGGGCACAGUAUAUCCGAAUGUCACUUUCAAUCAAGGCAGCCCUCCUGGUCCGACAUGUACUGCCAACUGUGGUCACAAGUGCAGCAACUUUUGCGAUGGACCCUGCCUAACGGAUUGCGGUAAAAAUAGCUCUUCGGGAUUUAUCGAUCCCUUGGAUACUGACCCACCAUCGGUAAACAAGUGCUCGGGCCCGGGAUGUGUCAAUGGAAAAUGCACAGGACAGGGGCUCUGUAUUGAGCGUGGUUGUACUGGCUCUGAUUGUCAACAUCGGGUGUGCGUGGGAGAGAACUGCACUCCUACUGCAUGUAGUGGGCGAGACUGCAAGGAUGGGCACUGCACUGGAAGCAACUGUAAGGAUCAUGGCUGUAUUGGCACUGAUUGCAAUGACGAUAGUGGUGACGACAGCGGAGAUGAUGGAGACGAUAGUGGGGAUGAUGAUAGUGGAAGUGACGCUGAGGGGGCAUGCUUUGGCUCUGAAUGCCUCUCUUGGGGUUGUAUCGGCGUCGAUUGUUCUUCCUCAACGCAUACCUGCACAGGUCCGAAUUGCCGUGUAGUUAGCUGCAGUGGUCCGGGCUGCAAGAACGGCAUUUGCAACGGAGACAAGUGCAAUUCAGAGGACACUGACUGUGAUUCAAGGGAGGCAGACAGAUGUACCGAGUAUAUCUCCAGCACUCUCGUCACUCCAGCCUCUACAUACUCCAUAACUACCGUUACCAGCCAAUGCUCCACUAUCACUGCAUGCUCAGCGAAUCCUUCCACAAUCACCAGCACAAUAACCGGAGAUGGCCUGACGGAGGGCACGAUUACUGCAGUGGACUCAACCGUGUCUGAAGACCCCGCCCUCUGGACAAUGAUACUGGACGACCUCAGCAGUUACUAUUCCAUGGCAUAUGACACUAACUCGUCGACAAGCACCAGCAGCACGUCCAGCACCAUGAGUACAUCUACGACUCAUUCGACGACCUCAACGACGACCUCCACUACUGCCUUCGCGUCUGAAACGGGCUAUAACUGUAAGGGAUCUUCGCGCUGCGGUACCUUUUCGAACCUACGGGGUUUCUGCGACAAGGCAAAGGAUGACCUAUUAGGCACGAAAGACACAAACUCUGGAACAUGUUAUACCGACGGCAUGAACGCAGGAUUUGGAUGCGGUGUGUUUGUCGAGGGAGAUAACUGCGAAAUGACAGGGGCUGAGCUGGCAGCGCACUACGACCAUAUCAUGCAAUCCUCCGGUGGUGGUUGCAAGAUAUGUGGUCACGCUCUGCUAUCUAAUGGCUGCAAGGUGACAGUGAAUUAUGUGAGCCAUUGCCAAAAUACCGAUGGCAUCUUCCAGCCUGCUGGAAACGAUGGUCCGGAUGAGGAUGUGGAAACUUCUGCUUCUCUGAGACCUUCUCCUACUCCCCUGCUUACUACAAGCCACGGGGUAUUCAAUUAA